AUGCCAGGUGCUUUAGUACCAAUACGGAAUCUCAACUUGUUAUUAAGUGGUCCUUUACCAUCAAUAGGAUUACCUAAUGCAUCUACAACACGUCCCAGCAAUUCUUCUCCAACCGGAACAUCAACAAUAGCUCCAGUACGUUUAACAAUGUCACCUUCUUUAAUGUGUCUAUCAUUACCAAAAACGACAACACCAACAUUGUCUGGCUCUAAAUUUAAAGCCAUGCCUUUUAACCCUGAACUGAAUUCCACCAUCUCAUCUGCCUGAAUAUUUUUCAGACCAUAAACACGGGCAAUACCAUCACCAAUGCUAAGCACUCUUCCAGUUUCCUCAAGAUUGGUCUAUAGAUUAUGUAACAUUUGAUUGAAAUUAAUUAUUUACAUAUAUUAUUUACAUAUAAAUUAUUCAUUUUAAACAUUACUAAAAUUUAUUGUUUUACCUUAGGGGCUGAACCAAGAAUACGUUCUUCCAAAAUGGAAGAAAUUUCAGCAGAGCGUCGACUGCAAGAUACAUGGUAUUUGCAAGAGGCUAUACUAAGAGGCCAUUUGAUCUAUAAUAUAAAAUUAAAACGAGUUGUUAUUAUAUACUGUAAAAAUAUGCUACCCAAAUACUUAUUACAUAACUUGGCACUAUUCUGUUUAUGUAAUCUAUUGUACAGAGAAAAAAAUUUGUGACACAUAUUCCAAUUGUCAUAAAAUUUCAAUAAAAGCGAUUGUAAUUAAUAAGAGACGUUUUAUUUGUUUAAAAAUAAAAAUAUAAAUAAUUGCUUGUAUGAGUACGUGUGGUUAUUGCAAAAUGAAAAAUGUCGGCAUGUUCCAUUUAAAUAUUUUCUCAUAAACAAAUUACUACUAAGAAGAUAUUAUUUUUUUAUAUUACCUGAAUCGUAUUAUUCGGUAAUUGUCUCGCAAUUGAAGAUGCCAAACGUAAGGAGAGAAGAGCCAUUUUGUUAUAUUACAAGUCCGUUUACCGGACUACGAAUUCUAGAACGAAGAAUGAUCAAGACAGGGCAGAACCGAAGAAAUGUCUCGUAUAGCCCCACUCUGGUAUAUCUACCGGACAGGAAAUCGAUAUCCAUCGACUUGCGCAUAACCUCGUAUCCAGAUACAUAUACUAAUUCAUAAAUUUAAGUUUUUCAUAUUCUGCAGUAUAUAAAAGAUACAUUAUAAUAGAAACUUUAAACAAUUUUUUUUGGACGUAUAUACAUAAUUAAUGAACUUCAUAACAUAUAAAUUUGAAUACAAUAAAUUUUGGAUACGAGGUUACCCGCAACUAUGUAAUGCAUUAGAAAUUGGCGCGAAAUUUUAGAUUUAAAAUACAUAUUGUAUAACAAUUGCAUAUUUAUCAUGAAAAUAACAUUAUAUUAAAGCACUCAUUUUUACAUACAUAAAUAUGUAAUUAACGUUUAUGAUUAAGAUACAAACAAUUAGUAGAUAGUAAUAUUAAGUAUUAUUUUUAUAAUUGUCAGAUAUUUGUUUUCAUAAUGCAAAAAUAUAUAUAUUUAAUAUUUUAUUUAGAUCUUUUAACAUAUUACAAAUUUCAUAACUGUCUGUAAAUUAAGACAAAUAAUUCGCUGCUUAAAAUACUAUACCAUAUAUUAGACCAUCUAUAUUAUGAUGUAUACUAUCUAGAUCUGUAAGAUUGUAAUACAAUAUCAUAAUAAUAUUAAAUUUUCCUUGGAUAGGAAAUUUUAUUAAAAGAAAAUGUAAAAAAUUUAAACGUAUAUAUUUCAAUUUGUCUUUAUAGGAAUUAAACAAUUUUAUUACUCUUACGACAUUUUAUGUUCAGGUUAAGUUGAUUAAACACGAAAGCAUCACUGCACCGGCGCUGAAGUUUGUUAUUGUUGUAUUGUAUUGAUUAUUAGUAACUGCCUUUAGAGGAUGUAUUAAUAUAAAUUUUUUAUAUAAUAGCAAAUGAAAUAAUUAUCAAAACGGAAGUCAAAGAAACAAAAAAAGUAUAUUCAUGUGGAAAAAUAUCUAUUGUUUUAUUAACUGCAUUUACACUGCAGUUAUUUUUUGAGAUCGAUAGGUGACAGGACAGGUAACUCAAUGUUUACACUUUAAAGUAACAAUACAGGAUUUGUUUUAAUUAAAAGUUAUAUUUUAGAUAAAACAAAGCUGAUUUGUAACAACAUUUAUACAAAAAUGUUAUUUUAUCUAGUGGAACAAUAUACUUUCUGUUAAAAAAUAUUUUGUAA